CCGCCCGCCGUCCCCUCGCCGUCGACAGCUCGCGCCCCGCGUCCAGUAUCGAGUCUGUCUCGCGUCUGCCGCUGCCACUCUCCCCACCCGCAGCUCCUCGAGACUGCCCGCCGACAGACGACGCCGCGCCUCGCCCUGACCGCUGUUCGCCAUGGGCUUUCUCUCCAAGAUUUUCUGCUGCUGCGGCGGGCGCUCCCGGGACAGCAUCUACGACCCCGUCCUGGCUGACAGCGAGCGGGAAGCUGUUGCUGACCUGCUGGGCUUCCUCGAGAACCGAGCCGAGACCGACUUCUUCACGGGCGAGCCCCUCCGCGCAUUGAGUACGCUUGUAUAUUCCGACAACAUCGAUUUGCAGAGGUCGGCCAGCUUGACCUUUGCCGAGAUCACAGAGAGAGAUGUGCGAGAGGUCGACCGCGACACCCUGGAGCCCAUCCUGUUCCUGCUCCAGAACCCCGACAUCGAGGUGCAGCGCGCUGCCAGCGCCGCCCUCGGCAACCUGGCCGUGAACACCGAGAACAAGGUCGCCAUUGUCGCACUGGGUGGCCUUGCGCCGCUGAUCAAGCAGAUGAACUCGCCCAACGUCGAGGUGCAAUGCAACGCCGUCGGGUGCAUAACGAACCUUGCUACACACGAGGACAACAAGGCCAAGAUAGCACGCUCGGGAGCACUGCAGCCCCUCACACGACUGGCCAAGUCCAAAGACAUGCGCGUGCAGAGGAAUGCGACCGGCGCCCUGCUCAACAUGACGCAUUCAGAUGACAACCGCCAGCAGCUCGUCAACGCUGGCGCCAUCCCCGUCCUCGUCCAGCUGCUCAGCUCUCCAGACGUCGACGUGCAGUACUACUGCACAACCGCCCUCAGCAACAUUGCUGUCGAUGCCAGCAACCGCGCCAAGCUGGCUCAGACGGAGAGCCGGUUGGUUGGAUCGCUGGUCCACCUCAUGGAGUCGUCGUCGCCCAAGGUGCAAUGCCAGGCUGCCCUCGCCCUGCGAAAUCUCGCAUCCGACGAGCGAUACCAGCUUGAGAUUGUGCGCGCCCGCGGCCUCUCGUCUCUUCUUCGUCUUCUACAAUCAUCUUACCUCCCACUUAUCCUCUCCGCUGUCGCAUGCAUACGAAACAUUUCCAUCCACCCUGCGAACGAGUCUCCCAUCAUCGAAGCUGGCUUCCUUCGACCAUUGGUGGACCUGCUUGGCUCGACUGACAACGACGAGAUUCAGUGCCAUGCAAUCUCGACCCUCCGUAAUCUUGCGGCAAGCUCGGACAAGAACAAGCAACUUGUUCUGGAAGCAGGUGCCGUGCAGAAGUGCAAGCAGCUGGUCCUCAACGUACGACUUCCAGUGCAGUCUGAGAUGACCGCAGCCAUUGCCGUACUUGCCCUGAGCGAGGAACUGAAGCCCCACCUUCUCAGUCUUGGCGUCUUCGAUGUCCUCAUCCCCCUCACCGAGUCUGACAGUAUUGAGGUCCAAGGAAACAGUGCUGCUGCUCUGGGCAAUUUGUCUUCCAAGGUGGGCGACUACACCAUAUUCCUUCAGAACUGGACGGAGCCCGCAGGCGGCAUCCACGGCUAUCUCCGCCGCUUCUUGGCCAGUGGAGAUCCCACUUUCCAGCAUAUCGCUAUAUGGACUCUUCUUCAGCUUCUCGAGUCCGAAGACGCCCAACUGUUGGAGCGCAUCUCGAGCUCAAACGAGAUUGUCCACAUGGUCACCGAGAUCGCUGAGCGCAACAUCGAGUCUGACGACGAAGACAAUGAGGACGGCGAGGGCGAGGUGGUCACUCUCGCCCGCCGGUGCCUCGAGCUCAUGGGCAAGAGCCCUAAGACCCUUGUCGAAGGGUAGACGAUUGAAUUGCCCUUGAUACCCAGCUUAAUCGACUGCUUAUCAUUCACCUCUUACUUAUCUUGUUGCUUUACUCUACGUAUGCGUUUACGUUAAAAUCCUCUCCCCGAUCAGAUCUAAUGCGAACGGCGUUCAGGAACAGGUUAUUGCGAUAUUUCUAGCGAGCAUGGGCGGAGCAAGUCCUUUUCACUUACCAGCACACCACCUUUGUUAUCGCUUUCGUUGACCGUUAUUACUCGAAGAGGUUGUAAUCAUUAGAGGUGUGAGGCUUGGAGAGCUGCAAUCGACCUUGUUACAUAGUUGGGAAUUGAAUGUGAAUCAAGU